GCAGUGAUUAAAUAUAUUGUGACAGAAACACCACGGCCAAAAGUAAUGCAGAUUGCAUCACCUAUAGUGCCGUGCCAUAUGUGUUAAACAAACACAUCAGCAUUGUGCAGACCUCCAGUUGCCGUGUUUCCGAUGGGUAUGUAAAAUCAAUACAUAAUACCGUUAUGAUAACUAUUUACGGAUAAUCGGGUCAAGACUUUUCAAGACGGAUGUGUUUGCUCGCGGGCAGGUGGACGGCAAUUUGGUUUUGUUCAGGGAAAUCAAUUUGGCUUCGAAGGUAACAAGCAAACGGGGCACCAGCUUGUGUUCACCCUUGCAGUUUAGUUUUUCUUCUAAUGUCAGCGAAAUCAAUUUCACUUGAAAUGUAACAAGCAAACGGAGAAUCGCGUUGUGUUCACCGUCCCAGCUUGUUGUGUAUUGUGUGAGUUUUGUUUUGCCAGGAAAUAACUUUGACAUUUAAGGAUACAAGCAAAUGGGACAUCAAAUUGUGCUGACUCUUGCAGAUUAUUAUUCUUUAUUAAGAAAAUCAGUUUGAUUUUCAAAGCAACAAGAAAACGGGGCAUUACGUUGUAAUCACAUUCACUCUUUUAUUAUUAUUAUUUUAUUUUUUAUGUUUUUUUUGUGUUUUUUUAUUUUUUUGUCAGAAAAAUCAUCUUGACUUUGAAGGUAAUAAGCAAACGGGGCAUCACGUUGUGUUCACACUCGCAAUUUUUUAUUUAUUUAUUUUUAAAAUUAUUUAAUUCUUUUUGUCAGACAAAUCAGUUUGACUUUGAAGGUAAAAAAACAUUGGGCGCCAGCUUGUGUAAUCCGGAAUUACGAGGUUCAAGAAGGUAAAAAUAUGAGCGUCAGCUUGGUAGUCAAGUCCAAGAAAUAUGAUAGAAAACGUGGCGAUCGCCGUCAGCUUGUGUGACCCUGAAUUACAAGAAAUAUGAUAGAUAAUCGUGACAAUCGCCGUCAGCUUGUGUGACCCGGAAUUAAAAGAAAUAGAUGAUCGUGACAAUGGUAGAAACGUGUGUAACUGUGUGAUGAACAGCCGUCGCCACUACUGACUAAGAUCAUUCGAAUGAUGAUGUUUCUGCUAUCACGAAAUAGUACGAUGCUGCGCCGUGAUUCCCAGGAAAUGGAUACUGUUACAUCUGAUCGGUACAGAUGAUGGGCAGGCCCUAACAACAGUAGGAUGCUGAAACCGACAAUAAGACUCAUGACGGGAUGAACAUUGGCCGACUAGCCAAUGGGAACAGCGACCAUCAGAAUGCAACCAAUGAGAAUGCGAUGUACCACACGCCGCCGAUAGUCGGCCUGUCUCCUCGUCUCUCGGGCCACAACCUCACGUACAGACUGCGAGCCGACCUCAACGACAGCAAGGGACUCGUCCCCCCUGAGGCCGACAUCGUCACCGAGUACAGCUUGGAAGAGCGGGAGUUCUACCAGUCGUACGACCCGAACGUUGGCCUGCACACCGCCGCCGUGCUGGGAGGCAUCCUCGUGCUGCUUAUCCUCUUCCUGCUGUACAAGACCAAGUGCAAGAAAGCCGUGAAAGCAUUGGUGAAGCACAUCCGAAAGAAGCACCGCCAGAGGAAGCUGUUGUUGGAGCAGGAGGCGAGCAUGGGUAAAUCGGUCCCGAGCGUCGUCGAGCCGAUGUGCAACAGCACGGACGCGUGUUCGGUCGGAUGUGGUGAGUGUGAGUGUGAGAGUGUGGCGUGCGACGAACAGCCUAUCGUCUGCCAGACAAACGACUGUUGCCCUGGCAACUCACAUUCUUGUGUGCCCGCGACAGACGCGGUGAUGAUGGAUACGUCACCGCGCGGAUCAAACAUGGAGGUGACGUCGACGGAGAUUCCGACGUUCAACAUCUCUGGACCAUCUCCUUCAUCCUCCCCGGUGGAGGACAGCUCUUUUCAGACGCUUCCCGUGUUAGAGACGGACAUCGCCACGGCGACGGCUCUGUGGGUUCAGGACAUGCCGCUGUCGUCGCAGAGUGUCAACGACGUGUCUGGAGUCAUCUUACAGGUGCAGUCGAACAUGACGAAGAUGCACACGACCGGGUCGUGUCCGCUACAGACAAUGCUGUCGCAGCCGAGCCUCACCCCCAUUCCACUAGCUCAAACAUGGAACAAAAGCUUGCCAAUCUUGUCAAAAAGUAUUACUAUGUCUUGUGAACACAUGCAGCUGGAGACGGGAUGUGAUAUUCAGUCGAAGGAACAAGCGCGUAGUAGGAAUCCGCAUAACUUGACAAUAGCAAUUCCCGAUGCAACAGAUCUCUCGUCAACAGCCAAACUUCGUGUCCAUUCCCCAGUGCCUUUUCCCGUCACACCCACAGUAACUAUUCAGAAUUUUACCUCAAAGGGAAACUCGCAACAUUCUUCCCUCCAAAGAGACAGCAAUGAUUCCCUGACCUCCAACUCCUCCGAGGAUCUGCUUCUAGUUCCGUCGAGUAGCACGCUGAGUUGGAAAUGCAAAAACCCACGACCUGCGGGAUGGACUGGUGUUUCUGACUCGUGUGAAUUGUUUAGUGACCGUUCCAAGACCAGUGUAAAAUCACGUAGUGACCGUUCCAAGACCAGUCUAAAAUCAAGUCCUCUUAACACGGAAACAAAGUUUUAGUAGACUGUUUAGUUCUUUCAAUGUUUGUCGCAAUAUUGUGUCUUGUGGAUGCGUGAAAAACCAUUAUCUACUGCAAAUCCCAUUGUGAUUGAUGUUACAUGUGAUAUUUUUGCCAUUAAAUCGUUACAUAUGACUGAUUAUAUAUAUAUAUAUAUAAUGGAAUACAUUUAUGUCUAGCAUGCUAGUAUGUUAUGGA